GUGGGCUCACAAAUUGCGAAAAUUAUCCAAAUAGCUUCAUCUCCCAUUCCCUGCUAGCAGAGGCCUCUUUUCUUGUAUUUCGCUGUUAUCAAAGUCAUGUCUUUUGUUGCCGCUUUUGUGUCUUUCAUGGUUGGUCUCUGCUUCGCCAUACCUGCCUUUGUUACUCUUCUAGUCAAGGCUAUUUUCAACCCGAAAAUAUUUAGAAGAGUCGAGCGUAAAGUGCCCCCCAAGUGCUUGACUGACCCAACACUCGGGGAGCAUCAUUAUGUGACCACUGCCUCCAAGCUCAAGUUCCAUUAUGUCGCCAAUGGAAAUCCCUCCAAGCCUUUGAUGCUGUGUCUUCAUGGAUUCCCAGAGUUCUGGUAUAGCUAUCGACAUCAGCUGCGAGCAUUCCAUGACAAGUACAGAGUGGUUGCUGUAGAUCUUAGGGGUUAUGGAGAGAGUGCCAAACCAGAAGGAGUAUCUCAAUAUGCAACAAAGCUACUGAUCAAGGAUGUUAAAGAGAUUGUUGAGGCCCUUGGUUACAGUUCCUGUAUUCUGGUGGCUCAUGACUGGGGCGGUGCCAUUGCUUGGCACGUUCCAUCUGCUUUUCCUGAGCUGGUGGAUAAACUGAUUAUCCUGAAUGCUCCACAUUUCAGUGUGUUCAAGAAGUACUUGUACAGCCAUUUUUCUCAAAUGAAGAAGUCCUGGUACAUGUGUUUUUUCCAAGUACCCUACAUUCCUGAGAUGUUUCUGGCAUCUAAUGACAUGGAGGCCUUCAAGAUUUUUAGAAAUAAGAAGAAGCCAGGGAUGUUUACCGACGAGGACAUUGAAGCAUGGAAGUACACCUUUGGUAAACCUGGGAGUUUUACUCCCCCUCUUAACUACUACAGAAACAUCUUCAGUAGUAGUAGCAGCAGGUCUGAUGCUCCAAAGACGAAAAUCUCUGUCCCUGUGAUGGUGGUCUGGGGAACAGCAGACCUGGCCCUUGAGAAAGAAAUGAAUGAUGGGCUGGACCAGUAUGUAGAGGAUUUGACUAUAAGGUACAUUGAAGGGGCAAGUCACUGGGUGCAGCAAGAUGAGCCAGAGCUCGUCAACAUGUACAUCCAGGAAUUUCUCGACACAAAGUAGAUCACCAGGCGCUCGUCUUAAUAACCCGUGAUCUAGUUUAGGUUUAAAGGCCAUGGGACGAGUACGCUGAUCGUAUUUGUGAACAGGCAAUAUAACAUUUACAAUUCAUUGAUUGUGAUUAUCUGUUAGCACUAUUAAUGUUCACAUCAAACUAUUAUUAGAACCGCAUAAUUAUAACCCAACAAGUAUUCAUAAUCUAAAAAUAUUAUUUUAAACAACUACCCAUUUGUGUGUUUUGGGUAGAUAUCCCCUACUGCUAGGUAGAGAAAGCCUUUAAGGAAUCUAUAAACUCGAGUUCACUUUUAAUUACCCACAGCUUUGUUUUAAGAAUCUAGAAGAAAAUGUGAUAACGUUGAAAGUAUUAAAAGUGUUUUCUUUGUGCCCUAUA